CGCUCCCCUCCAGAAGCUGCGCGGUUUGGGUCGGCAGCUCCCAGGCUUGGUGCCUCCAGGAGCCGGGACCGCAUCUUUCUGCUCCCCACGCAGAACUGCUUGUGAGUGACGAGUGUCCGGCGGCACCCAGGCCUACCCUCCCUGCUCCCGACCAAGACCUCUUGGGACGUUCACUCCAGGACCAAGUUUGGAAUUACCUGUCCCAGAGCAAGAGUCGAUGGAGCUAGGCCCCCGAGCAGGCACAACCACUUUGACCCAGACCCACCUGAACAACAAGGAGGCCCAGCAGGACACAGUCCCCUGGAGCGCUGCCCGCAGCUCCUUGGACACCUCCAAGUUCAAGUACCAGGUCCCACCGUCCCCGAGGAGUAACCCAGGCAGCUCCCCGGGGAGCGGCUACCCGGAGCUCCCGCCCCCGCCUCCCAGCGCGGCCAGCAGGGGCUCUCUGUGCAUGGACCCUGAGCCGGGGACCCUGAGAGGCAACGCAGAGGGGGCGCGGCCUGACGAGGGCCCCAACUUCAGGGCCCAGGACCACAAGAGGGUGCCGCCCAGCCGGAAGGGCAGCGCCGUUCCCGACAACAUCCGCCACAAAUUCGGGAGCAAAGUGGUGGACCAUCUGGUUUCUGAGGAGCAGGCUCAGGGGGUCAUUGGCGAAGUCUUGGAGGGCCAGCGGAGGGCAAGCUCGUGGCCCAGCCGGACCCGGAGCUCCGCGGAAAUCUCCUCCAUCUUCUCAGACUACUACGACCUGGGCUACAACAUGCGCUCAAACUUAUUUCAAGGCCCCCCCCAGGAGACUAAGAGUCUCAUGAAGGCCUCCUACACGCCAGAGGUGAUCGAGAAAUCAGUGCGAGACAUAGGCCACUGGCACGGCCGGAGGACGGACGACCUGGGACGGUGGCACCAGAAAAAUGCUAUGAACAUGAACUUGCAGAAAGCGCUGGAAGAGAAAUACGGAGAAAAGAGCAAAGCCAAGAACUUGAAGUUCUAGGGGCGCAGGAGGGCGGUCCCCCUACUGGAAGAAGCGC